AUGGCCAAAGUCAGCCCCCCUCCCUACCCCCUUGCCCUCGGAGAGUUGUGUUCUUAUUUGUUGAAAGAUGCCAUCGGUGUCAGCACUGACAAGCUCAAGCCACUUGGAGUGUAUGUCAUUGUUACAAAGAAACGGGUAACGAAACCCUGGUCUAACCCCGGAGGAAAAGGCGGCAAGGGAACGGAACGGUUCGGGCGGCCCCACUGCGAGGUCUUCCGGGUUCUGAUGGAAGGCCCGACCCUCAGCUUGCCCGACCAGUUCCUGGCCCGUUCCAACGAGGAAAAAGGUCGACGACACCGCCGGUGUCUGAUAACUCGGUACAUGCCUGGUCGGAGCUUGUCCUUACUCGGUGGCACGAUCGUGUUGAUGCAGCAGAAGAUGAAACAGCAGAAACACCAAACCAAGGCUGAAUGGUCAUCCCCGGCAAAGAUAACCCGAUUUAUGCACAACACCCACGCCCACGUGUUCCUGGCCCAGGAAGCUUUGGACAAGCCAACAAAAACAGUAACCGGUUUGGCAGCAGUUUCCGUCCAGGAGGCUGAUAUGGAGGCCCUAAUAACGGGUCGAUCUUGCCUGAGCUCCCACUUCAACUUGCAAUAUGCACGCGAACGGUCCAAGUAUCCCGAACUUUUGCUGCCCAUCUCUCCACACCGUUAA